UCCGUAGGAGGUUUCCUAUAGGUUAAAACAGGCAGUGUGUGUUACAAUGAGCAAAAGGGAGACGCGAUUAAAAUGAAUGUGUAAAUAAAGUCAAGCCGAUUUCGUGCAGACAUGAGGUAUACUGUAUACGCGUUUUUCGGCUUUGCUCUUGGGGUUUUGCUCGUGGGGUUGCGGGAACUGUUGUUUGGUUUCGAGGAGAACCGAUGUAGCAUGACAUACAUGUUCGAGUACCCAGAAUACCGACGCGUGCAGCUCCCGCGGAGGGUCGCGCGCCUGUAUCCGUCAUACGGGCUGUAUCUGUAUGGAGAGGGCGCAUAUGCUCAGGAGACCAAAGGACUCAAACUCACGGGCGCUCCGGUGCUCUUUCUGCCUGGCAAUGCAGGCAGCUACAAGCAAGCUCGUUCUCUCGGUUCAGUGGCAUUAAGGAAAGCUGAGGACCUGGACAGACCGAUCCAAAUGAACGUCUUUACCAUUGAUUUUAAUGAGGAGCUAGUGGCUCUGUACGGGGGCAGCUUGCGCAGGCAGACUCACUUUCUUCACGAGUGCAUCAAAGCCGUCUUGCGCCUUUACAAGGACCAGCCUGACCCCCCAACAAGUGUGGUUUUGGUGGGUCACUCUAUGGGUGGAGUGGUGGCAAGAGCAUUGUUCACCCUGCCACGCUUCAACCCACAUGUGGUCAGUCUCAUUAUCACCCAGGCCUCCCCGCACCAGGCACCUGUGCUGUCUUUGGACCCUUAUAUACUGCAGUUUUAUACUACAGUCAGUAAGCGCUGGGCAACAGAUGCUGAAAAAUUUCGGAAUGUAACCGUUCUCUCUGUGGGUGGAGGUCAUCGGGACUACCAGGUGCGCUCAGGUUUGACUGCGCUGUCCUGUCCCAUCGAUGACCUCAACAAAAUGUCCCUAGUGGUUACUGCAGUUCCUAGGACUUGGGUUUCUACAGAUCAUCUCUCCAUUGUUUGGUGCAAGGAGCUGGUUCUGGCCACAGUCAGGUCAUUUUUUGACCUUAUUGAACCUGAAACAGGCCAGUUCACAGACGAUCCAGAGAAGCGAAUGUCUGUGCUAAACUAUCACUUCUUCAGACAUCCAGUACAGCAGCCUGGCGAAACACAACAUGGCCCUGUCACUUUCUCGGCUCCUCCUGAGGCAUGGAAGGAGGUCAACACGCUCCGUCUGUUCUAUAGUGCUCCCAAGGAAGCGGAAGUCAAGUACUUCCUCUUCGCUCUCUCCAGUCGAAGGAAAGCCUACAGUCAUUUCCACUGCCGCAGUAAUAAUAUGGAAAUGUCCAGUUGGCUGUAUGGCUGCACUCAGAUCAGUGGCUCUGUGUGUGUGCAGGCAGUAGAUCUGUCAUCUGGGACAGAACUUCUUCCAGCCUAUAAGGCUGUUACAGCGAAGAUCAGUGAGCUCUCUCAUGUCACUCAUCUCAUCAUUGAUGCAUCUAACCCUGGUGGAGAACAGUUUGUAGUGGAGUGUGAGCUGCAGAGAGAGGAGAGCUUUACUGUCUCAGUGCAGAUGCCUCAUGUCCUGUCCUUUGGUUUGACUGUCAGUGACAUUAGCAUUAACUCCUCUGGGCUGCUCCAUACACUGCAGAUACAAGACUUUCACCAGGUUUAUCAGGCGUUCAGAAUCACAGUCGUGAGUCACUGCAAGUCCACUAAAGACAGACUACCCAGCGUGUACAGACUGAGGGUGCCUUGGUUUCGUGAAGACUCGUUUACCACAGCAAGUAUUCCAUCAGUAAUUGAGAUAUAUGGCAUGCUUCACACCAGCCGCCCAGACAACACCUCCAGUGCCCUUCUGCAGCUCCACACUGCCCCCAACUGCCAGUAUAAGGUGUCUUUUCGGACUUCCAUUCCCAAAGUGCUUGGGCAGAUCCUGCGUUUCUGUGGCCCGACACUGCCUGUGUAUGCAGCCGUAGUGCUUCUUCUGAUGAUCAGGGCUCAACUGAGCUCUGUGAAAAAGUCAGGACGUCUUGUUGGAAUGCAAGAGGCGAUGAGUAAAUCCUUACAGCUGCACACACUGGAACUGCCUGUCCUGCUGCUGAUGCUGUUGCUCAGGCAGAGCUGGUUUCGGGAUAUCUGGUUCUCUUUGGGUCUCCCAGGGGUGGAUAGUCUUCCAUUAAACCCUGCAGAGGACUUCUCAAGUCUUUUUACAUCUCAAGAUAUAAAAGCAUCUGCACAGGAAUGGCCACGGCUGGUGUCCCCACUGCUCUGUGUGCUAGGUGCAGCUAUUGCAUUCUGGGGCAGCACAAUCCUUAGAGUUUUUGUCCGCUUUCUGUCCUUCGUGCUUGCUCCAAUGCACAGACCUUUAGUGUCGCGAGACUGUGGCACCCUUCGUCUCCGAACUCAGAUUCUCCUGAUGGUGUGUUUGAGUGUGCUGGGUGGUGUCACCUGUGGUGCUCUGGCUCUAAUGGUCUCCACUCUCCUCCACUUUUACAGGGUUCUUAGAUUACAGAUGACCGAGAGAUCACUAAGUCAUGUUUUGAAUCUGGCCCCCCAGAAGGUUUCUCAAAACUCUGAAAAUGGGUUUCACGGUAAAGGCACAGAAUUUAACGGCACACCUCUGGUGUCAGAAUCACUGCUGCAAGAUGUGAGAGAUGAUCUGCAGCUCCACCUUAGCCUGUCCACACUGCUUACCCUUCCCAUGAUGCUCUGCGCCCCUUCCCUUAUCCACUGGAAUCGCAAUCUCAGAUAUUGGGUUCAACUGGACCCUGACCCCUGCUGGCCUCACACGCUGCCCUUGCUCUUGAGCUCUGUACUGCUCAUCAACUCUAACACACAGACACUCCUCCACAGCAGGUUGAUGCUGAAUCUGACGACACAUCUGCUGUUGCCUCUGUGUGUGGGCAUGCUGGCUUUCUGUCCCCUGCAUAUUUACCGGGUCACUCACUUCCUGUCUGCAGCUCUGACCCUUUUGGUCUCUUCUUGUUAUUUUUGACCUCCUCUCAAACCUUAGAUUCAAACCAGACCAAGGAUUCGUGAAACUCCAGACAGCCUUAGAACCUUGUGUGCAUUCAGUGGGAUCACACGGGUGACAUCACUGGACCAGCACAUCUGGAGUCAUGUGAUUUUGUUGUGACCAGCACAUCUGGAGUCAUGUGAUUUUGUUGUGACCAGCACAUCUGGAGUCAUGUGAUUUGUCGUGUGUUGUCAUUUGUGGCUUCUGAACAGGGUAUUUCCUUUUUUAAUUCCGGUAUGUUUGUAUUAAUGAACAAUGUUGUUCAUUAGGCUAAUUUCCCAGACAAGUUAAGCCUAGUCCUUAACUGUGAGAACAGCGUUCAGUGAUGGUUGUUUUUAGAUUAAGAUUAGAUUUAAUACAUGUAUGGGAAAUUAGCGUCUGUGUAUGUGUGUAUUGGGUUGGGAGGGGUUGAACUAAAUCCAUCAGAUUUAGUUUUAAUGCCUGAAGUCAACAUGAAACUAAUAAUCCCUGUUUACCUUCCUCGCACAGAUUCCUGGUGCGUCUUUCAACAGUGUCUGUUAUUUUGAAUGUCCAUUGAGUUUAAGAAGUGAAGUUGUCCUGCACAAUUGACUGUAAACUCACUUUCAGAAAGUUCACAAUUCAAAAAAUUUCUAAUGUUUAAUGUAUUUAUUUUUGUUUCUGAGGAAUAUUCAGAAAGUACAUCACAUUAGAAAAGCAGAAGGGGUUGCGAUUUCUGUUCCAUGUUGACUUUUUAGUAGGGAUGUCAAACAAUUAAUUGCAACAAUAAAAAAAGUUUGUGCUUACAAAAUAUAUGUCUGUGUACUGUGCAUAUUAAUUUUGUAUUUAUAAACACAUACAUAUUUACAUGUAUUAAUUUAUAUUUACCAAUAAUUUUAAUUAUAUAUAAAUGUUUAUUCACUUUUAUAUUUUAUUUUUAUAAAUGCAAAAUGAAUAUGCACGGUACACAGACAUAUAUUAUUAUAAACACAAUAUUUUAUUCUGGAUGCGAUUAAUCGUGAUUAAUCGUUUGACAGCCCUACUUUUUAGGUAAUAAAAACAGCUUUAAAUGUUCAUUCAGCUUGUGCAUUAGUCUGGCUACAUCUCUCUGCCUGUUUUUUCAAUCUGUCAUUUCUGCCUUAAACUAUUUUACUUACUAUUAAUAUUUAAUUUUAUUGUAUUUUUCAGUGCAGAUGUACCUCUCUGACAGAUCAGUUCCUAUACUAACCCCCCUUUUCCAUUUAGCCGAAACAAAGUAUGACAGCUAACCGCCAACAUAACAUUCCGUCUGGAGAUGUUAUAUGUUUUGUAUGUGGAUUGACAAGCAAUAUGAUUUUUAUAUCAGCAUCAAUGUGGACAAUAAGUGAUGUUAAAACAUCACAUUGUCUCGCAACAUAAGGCGAGGUAUUACAAUCACUGCCACAAUCUCAGUAGCCACAACUCUUCUUGCUGUCUGUAUUCUUGCUUCCUCAUCUGAUCUGCUCAAUACCUUAGAGCUGAUCCAAUGUAAUUUGUCAUCGUGAGUCGAAUGAAGGAAUGGUGCCUUUCUUGUAAUAUGCAGGGGCGGACUGACCAGUAGGAAAUUCUGUCAAAGUCCAGAACGUUCCCGCCGACAGCCUUGACCAGGGGCGGACCAGCCAUCUGGAGUAUCAGAACUUCUCCCGUUGGGCCGCAAAUGUACAGAAUAACGCGAGGCAUUAGCGAGACGGACACGUAUACAUGUAAUGCAAUGACACCAAUAACACCAAGCCAAAUCCAACCCCCCCCCCGUCGUCCACAUAAAUGGUGGAUGGCCGAUGCAAUCAAAUACACCACCGAACUCCCCCCGUAGACAGAAAUGGUGGAGGGCCGAUGUGGGAAGAAAACUCCAGGGCUGUUUUUGCUUCCCAGUCCGCCCCUGGUAAUAUGCCCCUGCUUCUCUGAUACCAUUUCAAAAAGCUUCUUGUCAUCCUAGCAAUCCGAUAUGUAUAUUACAUUUGGCUAUAUCCUUCUCUCACAGGCUGUUUUUCACCAAAACACACUUGUUUGACACAGGCUUGUGUCAUCUGCACUGUGACUGUACUUAAGUGUGUGUAUGUGUGUGUCUUUAAGAUUUUUGCGAAUGAGAAAUGACAGGUCAGGUGUUGUGUGUGUGCUGGGGUCUUGCUUUGCCUCAUUCUCAAUUUGAGCAUUUUGUGGCGAAAUGUGCCGCUUUUUUCUUCUCGUAAUGAUUAUGAUUGUUUUCAUUGGUGUUCACUGUGAUGUGCCACAAUAUUUUGAGGCUGGGAUUUGAUUAUGUCGGCUGAUCCAGGAUCAGGUCCUGGUCAUGAUUGCUUUCAAACUGAAGUGAAAUUGAUUCAACAGCAGCUCUUUAUCCCUUUCAUUGACAGCAAAGUUUGUACUGAUGACUUAUCUUUUGAAUAGAGACGUCUCUACAAUGUGUGAUAAUAUUUGUUGAUGGAAGUUAGACACUUGCAAGAGUUUUAAUACAGGUGAUAGAUUUGAAAUGAUGUAAACAGCAUGCAUGCUGUUACAGUAUAUAUAGCUUGUUUCAUUUGACUAGAAAGGACGAUGUAAAACAGAACACCUCAAUUCAGCUGUAAUCAGCCAAAAUGGAACAAAAUGAUGUAAUUGGGGGAACAAAAGCCUGUGUAUUCCACAGCCAUACUGUGUAUGUGGGAAUCAAAUACAAUAUUUCUGUUUGUAUUUGGAUGUAGCUUGUGACAGGCCUCAAUUUAGCUGUGACUGUUUUUGACUUUUUAUAGAAUGCAUCUCACUGCCUCAUAAACCUAAAUGCUGUCGUGCUUUAAGAUUGUUCAGUCAAAACAAUAGCGCUGUUCACUGUUAUAUUUUGGAAGACAAAUCUAUAGAAAUGUAUAAAACAAGUGAAUAAACUUUACAUUAAGUUUGUAUUUGUUAAUAUUAGUAAAUGCAUUAACUAACAUGAACUAACAAUGACCAAUAUAGUGUUUUCAGAAUGAAUUAAGUUUAUGUUAGUUCAUGGUGCAUUAACUAAUGGUAGCAGUUUUUACUUUAAAAAUGAAUUAGUAAAUGAUGAAAUUAACAUGAACUAAGAUUAAUAAAUAAAGUGUUCAUUAGUUCCUGUUAGCUAAUGCAUUUAUUUGUUUACAAAUACAACCUUAUUGUAAAGUGUUACCAAUGUGUUAUAAAUAUCUACAGCCGCAGAAAAAAAUUAAGAGACCAUUCCAAAUUUUCAUUUCAAAUAAGCAUUAGUUUACAUUGUAAAAGAUUUUGCUGUAUGCAGCUAGUUGCCAGUAAUUUACUGUAG